AUGAUCGGUUGGCCUCGGCGGGAUGGAGAACUGGAUUUAUCUUAUCGGCCAUCCCCAGCUUCCCAUCAUUUCCCUCUCCGACAAUCAACAAUGGCGACGCCCACUGGUAAUAAUGCCAACCUGACGGGCAAAAGACUCAAUGUCCUGGUCUAUUCCGGUUCGCUCACUCACUCUGCCUGGCAACUCAGCCGUUUUCUGACCGACAAUGGCCCGACAGGAACCGGAACGACCGUCGACUCCGUCCGACACUGCCUCUACACCUUGCGCCGCCUGCUAGCACCCAACUAUGCAGUCACCCCCGUCACGGGCGACAUGCUCCUGAAGGAGCCGUGGACGGCAACCUGUGCCCUGCUGGUGAUACCUGGUGGAGCGGAUCUGGGCUAUGGACGCACACUCAAUGGCGAGGGGAAUCGGCGCAUUACUCAAUUUUACCUCGGUCUGUGUGCGGGCGGCUACUACGGGUGCAGGAGAUGCGAGUUCGAGGUUGGCGAUAAGACUAUGGAGGUCAUUGGCGACCGCGAGUUGGGAUUCUUCCCAGGAACUUGUCGGGGUGGUGCAUUCCCUGGUUUCGUCUAUCAUAGCGAGGCUGGGGCAAGGGCAGUCGGACUGGAUGUUUCCAAGGAGGCUUUGAGCAUUGGUACCAUACCUACACAUUUCCGCUCUUACUACAAUGGUGGCGGUGUCUUUGUAGAUGCUCCAUUGUUGAAGGACAAGGGUGUGGAGGUGUUGGCUAGCUACUCCGAGAAGCUCAAUGUAGACCCCGGCGAGGGCGCUGCCGCCGUUGUCUACUGCAAAGUUGGAGACGGUGCGGCCAUCUUGACGGGACCGCAUCCAGAAUUCGCGGCUGUAAACCUCGAUCCCAAGGCAAACGGCCCUGAGUAUAAAGAGCUCGUUGACGCGCUGGCCGCUGAUGACAAGGAGCGUACAGAUUUCUUGAAGGCAUGUCUGUCCAAACUGGGACUUCAGAUCGCGCAAGAUUCUACCACUGUACCAUCGCUAUCUUCUUUGCAUGUCUCCGGUCUUGAUGCCGAGGGACCAUUGGAGAUUCUCUCCUUGCUUGCCCAAGCUUUAACCACCGAGAACGAGAAAGAAUACUUAAAGGAUGAGAACGAUACAUUCCGAAUUGAGCGACCGGGGACCUGGAAUUUAAAUGACCUGGAGAACGCUCUUCCUGAUGGUUCCUCGAAAACUAACGAGGGCAUUAUUGAUUAUAAGGAAAUUAUCAAGCGACUUGUGAUUCAUGAUGAUGUGCCUGCCUCCAAGUUGACGCCCUAUUUCAACCACCACGCAUUCUACGCCAAUCUCCGCCAGUAUCAGUCUGAAUCACGGGAGGGCGCUUCGAAGUUUGGAUCGACCCUGAUGUACGGCGAGGUCAUUACGAGUACCAACACAAUCAUGGAGAAGAACACCCAACUGCUUCGCCGGCUACCUCAUGGGUUCACUGCCACGGCAACAGUCCAGGUCGCUGGACGUGGACGGGGCUCUAACGUGUGGAUCUCUCCAGCCGGAUCAUUGAUAUUCUCAACGGUUGUACGACACCCAAUUGAAAAGAUCCAGUCUGCGCCCGUGAUUUUCAUUCAGUAUCUGUCUGCUAUGGCUGUGGUCAAAGGAAUCAAGAGCUACGCCAAGGGGUACGAGAAUCUUCCGGUCAAGCUGAAGUGGCCGAAUGAUAUUUAUGCUCUUGACCCGGAAGACCCCGAGCAGAAGAAAUACACAAAGAUCUGUGGUAUCCUCAUCAACUCCCACUUCAUGUCAAACGAAUACAUCUCCGUUGUCGGAAUUGGCAUCAACGCCACAAACGCCUCACCCACUACCGCCCUCACUGCCCUUGCCGCACGUUACGCUUCCCCCGGCGCCGCGGCCGCUUCUCCCAUCACACUCGAGAAGCUCCUCGCACGGAUUCUCACCACUUUUGAAGAUCUGUACACGCGGUUCCUUCGGACAGGUUUUGACCGCGGCUUUGAAGCGAUGUAUUACGAAGAUUGGUUGCACAUGCACCAGAUUGUCACGCUGGAGGAGGAAGGUGGUGCUCGUGCUCGAAUCCAAGGAAUCACCCGUGACUAUGGCCUCCUCCUGGCGGAGGAACUUGGUUGGAAUGAUCGUCCGACUGGCCGGGUCUGGCAGUUGCAGAGUGAUAGUAACAGCUUUGAUUUCUUCCGUGGAUUGCUGAAGCGGAAGAUCUAG